AUGUCUGGGAGUUUCUAUUUUGUCAUGGUUGGGCAUCAUGAUAAUCCUGUCUUUGAAAUGGAAUUCUUGCCUGCUGGUAAAGCUGAGUCAAAGGAAAGUGUCUUUAUGGUAUCCUCAACAUCAUAUAUAUAUAUAUAUAUAUAUAUAUAUAGGCCUAUGUUCCUGGUAACUGUCUAAAGGGGCAGCUAGCCUAUAUAACUGUGUAUUGAUUUUAUUUUAUAUUAUAGAUAUUGGUCUACAUCCAGUAAAAAGAAGAGGCUACUGUAAUGCCCACUCGAUUACCAUUCUGUCUCUUCUAUGUAAACAGGAUGACCACCGGCAUCUAAACCAGUUCAUUGCACAUGCAGCCCUCGACUUGGUGGAUGAAAACAUGUGGCUGUCUAACAACAUGUACCUGAAAACUGUGGACAAGUUCAACGAGUGGUUCGUCUCUGCCUUUGUCACUGCAGGACAUAUCCUUUUCUAGCUAUUACCCAAUACCUACAGGUAAGUAAGUAGCCUUGUCCAAGCCAGAACAGUCCAUAGGGCAGGAGCAUAUCUCCUGUUUCUGUAGCUUGUGGCAGCUUGAUGUACAAUUGAACUCUGCAUAGGACGCUAGCCUAUCACAGGGACAUAUCCCCAAUCUUGAGUGCUGAGUGCCAGGCAGAGAAGCAUCGGGUCCCGUUUUUUUUUGUCUUUGGGAUCUGGUAAUGAAGUGUGGCUGUUCAGCAAGUUGAGGAGACUUAAUUACUUGGUGUUACCUUAGAUUGUAAACUGUCAUGGUCAAAACAUAUUGAUUCAAUGGUUGUAAAGAUGGGGAGAGGUCGGUCUGUGAUAAAGAGAUGCUCUGCUUUUUUGACACAACAGUCCACAAAGCAAGUCAUGUAGGCUCUAGUUUUAUCUUAUCUUGAUUAUUGUUCAGUCAUAUGGUCAAGUGCUGCAAAGAAGGACCUAGUUAAGCUGCAGCUGGUCCAGAACAGAGCGGCACGUUUUGCUCUUCAUUGUAAUCAGAGGGCUAAUAUCAAUACUAUGCAUGCCAGUCUCUCUUGGCUAAGAGUUGAGGAAAAACUGACUGCAUCAUUUCUUAUUUUUAUAAGAAAUAUUAAUGUGUUGGAAAUUCCAAAUAGUUUGCAUAGACAACUUACACACAGCACUGACACACACACUUACCCCAACAUACAUGCCACCAGGUGUCUUUUCACAGUCCCCAGGUCCAGAACAAAUUCAAGCAAACAUACAGUAUUAUACAGAGCCAUUAUUGCAUGGAACUCCCUUCCAUCUCAUAAAGCGAAAGUGAACAGCAAACCUGUUUUAAUAAUUAAAAAAAUUAAAUAAAGCAACACCUCACGGCACAACGCCUCUCCCCCAUGUGACCAACGUUUUGUGUGUAUGUAUUGACAUGUAUGUGUAACUGAUAGAUGCACACACAUGUAAAUGUCUCCUGAGUGGCGCAGUGGUCUAAGGCACUGCAUCGCAGUGCUAGCUGUGCCACUAGAGAUCCUGGUUCGAAUCCAGGCUCUGUCGCAGCCGGCCGUGACCGGGAGACUCAUGGGCGGCACACAAUUGGCCCAGUGUCGUCCAGGGUAGGGGAGGGAAUGGCUGGCAGGGAUGUAGCUCAGUUGAUAGAGCAUGGCAUUUGCAACGCCAGGGUUGUGGGUUCGAUUCCCACGGGGGGCCAGUAUGAAAAAUAUAUAUAUAUAUAUAUAUGUAUUCACUAACUGUAAGUCGCUCUGGAUAAGAGCGUCUGCUAAAAUGUAAAUGUAAAUGUUUUUAAAUGUAUGUAAUUUGUAAAGUAUUUUGUCUGUAAUGUAUUUUUCGCUAUGUGUCGGACCCCAGUAAGACUAGCUGUCGCCGUUGGCAUGGGGAUCCUAAUAAAAUCAAGACUCGACUGGGGAUUGAACCUUCAACCUUCCAAUCUCAGGGCGGACACCAACCACAAGGCCACAGAGACCUAUAUAGCCCUCUGGAAACAUUGCAACAAAACAUAAAUAUUAUGUCUACAGUGUUGAAUUCAACAAAUCAUCAUUGUUACUAAGGGCCCAGACAAAUAAUUAGUGUGUGUGUGUUCCAUUUUUCCCUUAACCAUCUCCAUCACAUAUGAGAUUCAUCAUGCUUCAUGAUGUACGACAAGAAGAUGGAAUCAAAAACUUCUUCAAUGACGUGUAUGAUUUAUACAUUAAGGUGAGUUAUCCUUUCUAUAUACAGUAUGUUCAUGUAUAAUUAAUAUUCUGAUGAUUUAUUCUUGUUCAUUAUUCUGUGCUCUUUACCAGUUUGCAAUGAAUCCUUUCUAUGAAACCAAUGCUCCAAUCCGGUCGACGGCAUUUGACAGGAAAGUACAGUUCCUUGGAAAGAAGCACCUCUUGAGCUGA